AUGGUCUCGGCUGAGAGCGUCCUAUCUCCAAUCGAUUUAUUAUCUGAAAUGUGCCUUGAAAAGAAUGCACAUGAUGGAAAAUCCUCUAGAAAGAGCCACCUUCACAUUAUUUUCACGGAAGCAAAUGCGCAGUUCUUCAACGAGACGGAACUUCGCAAAGCCAUCGACAAAUAUGAUGAGAGCAUGUCGAUAAAGCCGGUCCUACAAAAAGAAAAGCGAUGGGAUCUAUGGGGAGGGCUUUACUAUGCAGGCACCAUCUAUACAACCAUAGGUUACGGUGACUUGGCUGCUGAAACAUUCUGGGGUCGCUUGUUCACAAUGGUGUACGCCGUUUUUGGCAUACCGAUGGUGGUUACGAUCCUCAAUGACUGGGGCACAAUCAUGUUCAACGUGGCAAACAAAAUAUGGAAAAAGAAGUUUCCGUCGUUGCUUCAACCGAUUAAGGACUUCUUCAGCACCAAAAAACGUCAGGGAUCGCAGGAGAUCAUCUGCGACUCGCCACUUUCGAAAGAUGUACCACAUUGUGGUGAUCCCGACGAAGAUGACCCCAUACCACUCUACCUGGUUGUUAUAGUUCUCAUGUUCUGGAUGGGUAUAUGCUGUGUGGUUUUCGCAUACCUCGAGCAAUGGUCCUUAUUUGACACCGUGUAUUUCUUCUUUAUUUCACUCACAACCAUUGGAUUCGGAGACGUCGUUUCGAGUCAUCGUGUAGCUGUGGCGAAUUUUCUGCUAAUCCUUGUUGGAUUGUCAGUGGUAUCCAUGGCAAUUAACGUCGUGCAAAUGCAGCUGGAACUUCUGUUUGGAAAAGUCGUUCAGUCAAUCGAUGACGAUUUCAAAAUGAAUCUCCUCAGCAGUGCAGGUGAUGAGAAGAAAGGGUCAGACCAAGUGGCAAAGGGCGAUGUCGAACGCGCUCUAACCGAUAUGGAGGUGAAGAAAGGUGAAAUGCUCGAAAGUGAUUUUUAUCCGUUUUGUUUGAGGAAAAUGAUAGAGGAGAAAUUCGAGGAACGUGCUAAAAUGCGCAACAAAUGGACCCAGACGAUACAUAAGAUGAAGGUAGCUUCCGUUCAAACUGGUAACGUUCCCAUGCACCCGCCAAUCCCUGAAGAACCAGGCGAAGACACAAAUAACCCCUCAAAGUCUCGUAUUACAAACAAACGACUGUAUAUUUACAAUACUGGCGAGUAA